GAUGUGAAGUUUGCAGGACAGACUUCGCAUUGGCUGCAGGGCUAUUGGUCUCCCUUUCUUUUAUCUCUCUGGUAAAGAAAGCCAGUAGGAAUAUAAAGCCACCUUCAGAUCUCUGUGCACUGGAAAUUAAAUAACCCUACCCCACAGAAAAAAUGAGUGAUCAUCUGGAAGAUGGUUCUUUCAUGUUCACCUCAGAGUCCGUAGGAGAGGGCCAUCCAGACAAGAUUUGUGACCAGAUCAGUGAUGCUGUCCUGGAUGCACAUCUGAAGCAGGAUCCCGAUGCCAAAGUGGCCUGUGAGACGGUGUGUAAGACUGGCAUGGUGUUGCUCUGCGGAGAGAUCACAUCUCGGGCCGUUGUGGACUAUCAGAGGGUGGUGAGGGACACCAUCAAGUACAUUGGAUACGACAACUCGGAGAAAGGUUUCGACUACAAGACAUGUAAUGUGCUGGUGGCCCUGGAGCAGCAGAGUCCAGACAUUGCUCAAGGGGUCCAUGUUGACAGGAAGGAAGAAGACAUUGGAGCUGGAGACCAGGGUCUGAUGUUCGGCUAUGCCACAGAUGAGACGGAGGAGUGCAUGCCGCUCACCAUCGUCUUAGCUCACAAACUCAACGAAAAGAUGUCUGAACUCAGACGCAAUGGCAUCGUUCCCUGGCUGCGUCCCGACUCUAAAACACAGGUGACCGUGCAUUAUGACCAGAAGGGUGGAGCUGUGAUCCCCAAGAGAGUUCACACCAUUGUGAUCUCUGUCCAGCACGAUGAUGGCGUCACUCUGGAGGAACAGCAGAGGGUCCUAAUGGAAAUGGUGAUCAAACCUGUGGUCCCUGCAAAGUAUUUGGACAAUAAAACUGUCUACCACCUCCAGCCAAGUGGUCGCUUCGUCAUUGGAGGACCACAGGGUGAUGCUGGUGUAACAGGAAGGAAGAUUAUUGUAGACACAUACGGUGGCUGGGGGGCUCACGGUGGCGGAGCUUUCUCUGGCAAAGAUUUCUCAAAGGUUGAUCGCUCUGCUGCCUAUGCUGCUCGCUGGGUGGCCAAGUCUCUAGUUAAAGCCAAACUGUGCAGGAGAGUUCUGGUUCAGGUGUCUUAUGCUAUCGGAGUGGCCCAACCUCUGUCCAUCUCCUUGUUCACCUACGGGUCCUCUCAGAAGUCAGAGUCAGAAUUGCUCAAGAUUGUCAACAAGAACUUUGAUCUCAGGCCAGGAGUCAUUGUCAGGGAUCUGAACCUGAAGAGGCCGAUCUACCAGCAGACAGCCUCUUACGGCCACUUUGGCCGACCGGAGUUUUCUUGGGAGGUGCCCAAAAAGCUUGUCUUGUAAAUACUCCACCAGCCUGUCCUGAUCUCCACCUGGAUGCUGAACAAGACUUUGUGGACUACAACUUCCAGCUCCAAUACAACUGAUUGGACACUUUUUUUUAAACAGAAAAAAACCAAACAACUGAAACCAAAGUUAGGGAGGGAUAAGUCAGCUUUCAAGAUGUCAGAAGGUAGUAAUAUGUGUGUGAGCAGUUGUAGCCAGCAGACAUAUUAAGUGACAUCCUCCCAGUGAGGAGAGGGACAUUGCGGAUGGCAUCUCAGUAACUAAUCUUUUUCCACCGUCCUUUCCGAGGCCAAAUAACAUCCAGAUAUUGGUGCUUUAAAAAUACACAUACAAUCAAUAGUCAAAGUCAGUAAAGUAAAGGGACAGUACAAUAGUAAAAUAUAAAUACUUCCACAUCACUCGGCGCAGUGUUUUACCUCAAAGCUGUGAAUUUUUGUUUGGUUUCUUUUGGCCAUUAUACUUAAAAAAGCUCAGUACUUUAUUCUUAAAAGGUGCUAUUGCAAAAUGUGUAUUCCCUCAGUGGCUGCCAUAUUAUUGUAAGAGGUGUAAUUACUGCUCAACCAAAAUCGUGGCUUAAGAAACCGUAUUGUCAUGACUAUAAAAAACUGUUGUAAAUGUGCCACAGGAAGCUGUUUGCACUACUACCAUUCCCACUGUGUGAGAUAACAGGUCAAGUUCGGAUCUCUGGAGGAGAUAACUUAUAAAUCAAAAUGUAAAAUAGCCUUUGCGGUUUUGUCUUCACACUGCUCUUCCCUUUCAGCCACCUGUGGAAGAUGGUUUUUCUUUUUUUUCUUUAGUACCCGCAGGCUUUCUGCUGUAAAUGUGGCUCAACUUAGCAAAUAAUUAGAAGUCUGAAUCUUUGCCGUUAGCAUUUAGUGGACCACCAAUGUCUUAAAUUUGCUGUUUUACAACUUUAGAAGCACACGCUAGCAUAUAUCACACUUCUUUAAAAAAUACCUUUAAGAAUAUUUCAUUUUUGCCCAGCUUUUUGGCAUUUAUUAAUGACAGAGUAUUUAAUUAGAUCCUUGAGAAGCACUUCUGAUGGGAUUAAGAAAGUCUUAAGAGAAAAACAAAAAACUUUGUCUGUAGAGCUUCAGGACGUUUUGGUGGCGAGUGUAAAAAACAUGUAAGUUCACCUACAGCUGACACUGUUUUGUUAUAGGAGUGUCACCUUCUGUCAAUGAAACUGGAUAAUGUAAAUAAUUAAACAAUAAAAAAAAAAGAUUAGAGAA